AACAAACAUGAAAGUUCUAGUAGUUCUCGCUCUGGCUCUGGCCACCGCUUCCGCCGGCGUCUUGCCCAAGACGUUGCCUGUGCAUCCCCGUGACAGAAUUGUGAGCCCAUCGAUCGAGGGUCGCAUCACCAACGGCAAGGACGCUGUGGAGAAUCAGUUCCCCUACCAGGUGUCCCUUAACUUUGCGAGCAACAGCGGCGGCUGGUUCUGCGGUGGCUCCAUCAUUUCCGCCGAGUGGGUCCUCACUGCUGCUCACUGCACCAGCGGUGCCUCCUCUGUGGUCGUCGGCUAUGGUGCUACUGUCCGCACCGCCCCCAAGUUGACCCAGACUGUGACUAGCUCGAACUUCAUCCAGCACGCCAGCUACAACUCGAUUAUCCUGCGCAACGACAUCUCGCUGAUCAAGACCCCGGCUGUUGCCUUCACCGCGGCCAUCAACAAGGUUGCCCUGCCCGCCAUCUCCAGCAGCUACUCGACUUAUGCCGGCCAGACCGCCGUCGCCUCCGGCUUUGGCAAGACCUCCGAUGCCUCCAACUCCGUGGCCAGCCAUCUGCAGUACGCCGAACUCACCGUCAUCGCCAACUCCCUGUGCGAGCAGACCUUCGGCUCAUUGAUCGUCACCGAUAGGGUCAUCUGCGUUGGCACCUACAACGGCGUGUCCACCUGCAACGGCGACUCCGGCGGCCCCCUGGCCCUCGAUGGCACCCAGAUUGGUGUCGUCUCUUUCGGCUCCAGCUCUGGCUGCGAGGUCGGCUCCCCCGCUGGCUUCACCCGUGUCACCUACUACCUGGACUGGAUCGCGCAGAACACUGGAAUUUUUAACAUGAGAGUGCUUGCAGUUCUGAUCAUUGCGGGGAUUGCCUUGGCGGCAGCCCUGGAGGAGGCCGUGCCCGUGAAGGACAUGCCCGUGGGCAAGAAUGUGAACGGACGCAUCACCAUGGGCUAUCCGGCGACCGAGGGCAAGGUUCCGUAUAUUGUGAGCCUGGUUUUUAGCAAUGAAAUCGGCGCAUCCUGGUUCUGCGGCGGCUCCAUCAUUGACCACACGUGGGUCCUCACUGCCGCCCACUGCACGCACGGGGCCAGCUCUGUGAAGAUAUCCUAUGGCUCCGUGUGGCGCAACCAGCCGCAGUUCACGCAUGUGGUGCAACAGGGGGACAUUGUGCAGCACGAGGCAUACAGCACGACGACCAUCAACAAUGACAUCUCCCUCAUCCGCACUCCGCACGUGGACUUCUCGUCGCUGGUCAACAAGGUGGAGCUGCCCCGCUACGAGGAUCGCUACAACAACUACUACGGCUGGUGGGGCCUGCUCUCCGGCUGGGGGAAGACCUCCGACUCCAGCGGCGUCGCCGACUACCUGAACUGCGUCGACAUUCAGAUCGCCGACAAUUCCGUGUGCGAGGCCCACUACGGCACCACGACCAUCACGCCCAACCAUGUGUGCAUCGCCACGCCCGAGAACAAGGGCUCCUGCAGUGGAGAUUCCGGUGGUCCCCUGGUCCUGCACGACGGCAAUCGCCAGGUGGCCAUUGUGUCCUUUGGCUCUUCUGCUGGCUGUCUGUCGAACAGUCCGAAGGGCAUGACUCGCGUCACUUCAUACUUGGAUUGGAUCCGUGACCACACGGGCAUUUCCUACUAAUCAAUAAAUGACUUGUGAAUAAAAAUAGAAAGCAUUAAAUGCAUUCCCAUUUCAA